GAAGAGGUGAAAAACUCGCGAAACUUUACGGGAAAAGUAGUUUUGGUGACCGGAAGUAGUUCUGGCAUUGGGGAGAGUAUUACGAAACUAUUUUCAGUAUUGGGCGCCAGUGUUGUGGUCACCGGUAGGAAAGAGGCGGACGUUCAGAGAGUGGCACAAGAAGUGGAAAAGUUGUCACCUUAUAAACUAAAGCCAUUACAAGUGGUCGCGGAUCUAACCAAACCUCAAGACGUCGAGCAUCUGAUCAACGAAACGAUUAAAGCGUUUGGAAAGUUAGAUGUAUUGGUGAACAACGCCGGGAUAUACCCGACCUCAAGCAUCGAUGAUAGCAAUUUGAUGGAGGAAUGGGAUCAGGUGUUCAACAUUGACUUGCGGGCUGUCGUACAGCUCAUUCAUACAGCACUUCCACAUUUAGAGGCUACUAAUGCCAAAGCAGCGCUGGAUAUGCUGACCCGGGUAUUGGCCCUCGAGUUAGGACCCAAAGGGGUCCGCGUGAAUGCAAUCAAUCCGGGUGCUACAAAGGUGGGCCAAAUACCUGAUGUGUUAUAUGAACUGGUUGUGAAGCACACACCACUGGGUAGGGCAGCACUACCUAUAGAUAUAGCAAAUGGUGUGGUAUUCCUGGCCUCCAGUGACUCUAAAUUCAUAACCGGUGCUAAUUUGGUGAUUGAUGGCGGACUUGUAUAUAAUUACCCCGCUUAUAUGCAA